AUGAAGACGGCACCAAAACGUUCUACACGCUAUAAUGGCCUCGAUCCAGAUACAUCUAUGGUGGACGUAUCUGAAGUCAAACAACUACCUGUUGAUCCUAUGGAUGUCGACGAAACCCCGGAUUUUACAGAAGAUUCUGAUACCAAUCCUAACACAACAGAAAGCAGUGUUCACGGUGACGCAAUGACAGGAGAUGGACGGAAACGGAGAUCAGAGGCCACUCAGUUACGUCGGAGCGUUUUUGGCAAAAAGCAUGAUCGACUUGGUGAAUCCAAGGAAGAUGAUUCCAUUCGACGUUUCCGAUAUCUUCUUGGCUUGACAGAUUUAUUUAGACAUUUCAUCGAAACAAACCCGAAUCCACGCAUUCAGGAGAUUAUGCACGAAAUCGAUCGCCAAAAUGAAGAGGCUGAAAAGAAAAAGAAAGGUGCGGACAGAAAGGGUGGCGCAGCCAACGAAAGACGCCGCAGAACAGAAGCAGAAGAGGAUGCAGAGCUCUUAAAAGACGAAAAGGCUGGAGGAUCUGCAGAGACAGUAUUUCGUGAAUCGCCGGGCUUCAUUCAGGGACAGAUGAGAGAUUAUCAAGUUGCUGGAUUGAAUUGGCUAGUUUCUCUCCACGAGAACGGUAUCUCGGGAAUCCUUGCAGAUGAGAUGGGUCUUGGAAAGACUUUGCAAACGAUCUCAUUCUUAGGCUAUCUCAGGCAUAUUAUGGAUAUCACUGGUCCUCAUCUCAUUGUUGUCCCAAAAUCUACGCUGGACAAUUGGAAGAGGGAGUUUGCAAGAUGGACACCGGAGGUCAAUGUUUUGGUACUCCAAGGAGCUAAGGAUGAGCGUAAUACUUUGAUCAACGAGCGACUUAUUGAUGAAAAGUUUGACGUCUGUAUCACGAGUUACGAAAUGAUUCUUCGAGAGAAAUCCCACUUGAAAAAAUUUGCAUGGGAGUACAUCAUUAUUGACGAGGCGCAUCGUAUCAAAAACGAAGAGUCUUCUCUUGCUCAAGUCAUUCGUUUAUUUAAUUCACGAAACAGGCUAUUGAUCACUGGUACUCCACUGCAAAACAACCUGCAUGAGUUAUGGGCACUUCUCAACUUUCUGCUUCCAGAUGUAUUUGGUGAUGCAGAGGCAUUUGAUCAAUGGUUUUCUGGCCAACAAGAAGAUCAAGAUACUGUUGUACAACAAUUACAUCGAGUAUUGCGUCCCUUUUUACUCCGUCGUGUCAAGGCCGAUGUCGAAAAGAGUUUACUGCCCAAGAAGGAGAUCAACUUGUACAUUGGUAUGUCCGACAUGCAAGUUAAAUGGUACAAGAAGAUCCUUGAGAAGGAUAUCGACGCAGUCAAUGGAGCUGGUGGAAAACGUGAAUCAAAAACACGACUUUUGAACAUUGUCAUGCAACUGCGAAAAUGUUGCAAUCAUCCAUAUCUUUUCGAAGGUGCCGAACCUGGUCCACCUUACACUACCGAUGAACAUUUGAUUUUCAAUGCUGGAAAAAUGGUCAUGUUAGACAAGCUUCUUACUCGCAUGAAGAAGGCUGGAAGUCGAGUUCUGAUCUUCUCUCAGAUGAGCAGACUUUUAGAUAUCCUUGAGGAUUACUGUGUUUUCCGUGAAUUCAAGUAUUGCCGGAUUGAUGGUGGUACAGCACAUGAGGACCGUAUCCAGGCUAUCGAUGAUUACAACAAGCCAGGUAGUGAAAAAUUUGUCUUCCUUUUAACUACCAGAGCUGGUGGUCUUGGUAUUAAUUUGACCAGUGCCGAUAUUGUUGUACUAUACGACAGUGAUUGGAAUCCGCAAGCAGAUUUGCAGGCUAUGGAUCGAGCACAUCGUAUUGGACAAACAAAACAAGUUGUUGUAUAUCGAUUCGUCACUGAGAACGCUAUUGAGGAAAAAGUUCUGGAGCGUGCUGCUCAGAAAUUACGUUUGGAUCAACUCGUUAUUCAACAAGGUCGUGCCCAGAUUGCUGCUAAGGCGGCUGCUAAUAAGGAUGACCUUUUGAAUAUGAUUCAGCACGGAGCUGAAAAGGUAUUUGCAACCAAUGGACCAACAGGUACCCUCGCAGAAAAGGGUGCAGAUCUCGAUGAUGACGACAUUGAUGAGAUUUUGAAGCAUGGCGAAAAGCGUACUGCAGAGCUUAACGCUCGCUACGAAAAACUGGGUAUUGAUGACCUUCAAAACUUCACAUCUGAAUCCGCCUACCAGUGGGAUGGUAAAGAUUUUAGUCAUCAAAAGAAAGAUAUUGGUAUGACCUGGAUUAAUCCCGCUAAGCGUGAACGCAAGGAGCAAUCUUAUUCCAUGGACAAAUAUUAUAAACAAGCUUUGUCUACUGGCGGUCGUGUUGCAGAUCCAAAACCUAAAGCACCCAAGGCCCCAAAACAAGUCACAGUCCAUGACUAUCAAUUCUUUCCACCAGCCCUCCGAGAUUUGCAAGACCGUGAAACUGCAUAUCAUCGUAAAGAAAUUGGUUACAAGGUUCCUUUGGCAGAUGGUAACGAGGAAGAUCUCUCAGAUCGUGAGGCUGAACGUAACCUAGAGCAACUAGAGAUUGACAAUGCUACUCCUCUUACUGAAGAAGAGCAAGAAGAGAAGCAACGUCUCUCUCAACAAGGUUUCGCCGACUGGAAUCGCCGGGAUUUCCAACAAUUCAUUAAUGGUUCUGCAAAGUAUGGUCGUAAGGAUUUCAGCAUGAUCGCCGAAGAAGUAGACAGUAAAGGACCGGAAGAUAUUAAAGCUUACGCCAAGAUUUUCUGGCAACGAUACACCGAAAUCGCAGAUUAUGCCAAAUACAUCGGUUUGAUCGAAGCUGGUGAAGAGAAAACCAGAAAGAUGGAUCAUCAACGAAAGAUGUUGCGAAAGAAAAUGCAACAAUAUCGAGUACCAUUGCAACAACUCAAGAUCAACUAUUCGGUAUCAACUACCAACAAAAAGGUCUAUACGGAGGAAGAAGAUCGGUUCUUACUUGUUCUUCUAGAUAAGUAUGGUGUUGACAGUGAUGGUAUCUAUGAACGAAUUCGUGAUGACAUUCGUGAAAGUCCACUUUUUAGAUUUGAUUGGUUCUUCUUGAGCAGAACACCUAUUGAAAUUAGUAGGAGAUGUACAACACUUUUGACAACGGUUGCUAGAGAAUUUGAUGAGCCAGCUGCAGCUAAAACUGUGAAUGGUGUCGCAAAUGGCAAAGUCAAGAGAGAACCUGAAGAGGAUGAGAAUGACGAGGAUAGUGUAUUAGGCAUGGCCCCUGCCAAAAAGAAGUCGAAGAAUGGUGUUAAGGCAUGA